AUUCCUUUUAUUUCGCCAAAAUAAAAGAAGAAGAAGAUUCCUUUGAAAGAAAUUUCAUAAAAAAUAAAAUUAUGAAAAGAUCCUUAUCACUGGCUUUUGAGGAAAAUUUUGAUGAGGAGGAGUUUCCAGUUCGUCGCUCCAGAUGGAUACGCGAGAGAGAAGAACAUUUCGACACUCUCGAUGAUAAAGAUUUUGUUACCAGAGUCCGUCUUACAAAACCAACAGUUCUUUCCGUAUUGGAAUCAAUUGAAGAUAAAAUUGAGUUUCCUACUAAUAUAAAUAACAGCGUGUCUCCCAUUAACCAGUUGUUAUGUGCCCUGCGUUUCUAUGCUACUGGAUGCUAUCAAAUGACUGCUGCAGAUUUAUGUGGAUUUAGCACUUCUACUGCGCAUAGAAUUGUGCACAAAGUCAGUACUGCUAUUGCAUCACUCAGACCACGCCACAUAUAUUUUCCUCAAUUACCAGAUGAGAUCCGUCAAACACAAAUAGACUUUUAUAAAAGAGCUACAUUUCCUUAUGUCAUAGGUGCCAUAGACUGCACUCAUAUAAAGUUUAUAAAAUCACCAGGUGGAGAGAAUCCAGAGAUUUUUAGAAACAGGAAAAACUAUUUUUCUCUCAAUGUUCAAGCAAUCUGCAAUGCCAAAUUGGAAUUUACUGAUGUGGUUGCUCGUUGGCCAGGGGGAACACAUGAUUCAUAUAUUUUCAAUAAUUGUUAUAGAAGAGCAAUGUUUGAACAAGGACAUUAUGGAAGUGCUCUUCUCGUUGGAGAUGCAGGUUAUGCAUGUAACAAUUAUAUGAUGACUCCAUUAGAUCAGUGUAAUACUGGGGCUGAGAACCUCUACAAUGAAUCUCAAAUAAGGACAAGAAAUUGUGUAGAAAGGUUGUUUGGUGUCUGGAAAAGACGUUUCCCAGCCAUGGCUAUUGGUUUAGGAGUUUCAGUACACAAUUCAUUUCCAAUAAUCAUUGCCACAGCUGUGUUACAUAACAUAGCUAGAAGAAGAGGUGAAUGUACUCCUCCUAAUGAUAACCAAGUGAUAACUCCAGAAUCUUGGGAUACAAUUUUAGCGCUAGGCAAUAUUAAUAAUGGAAACACCAACGAAUCAAGAGCACAAAGAAGAUCCAAUCCCAACCAUAGAAGGCGCCAUGAAUUUAUUACCAACUAUUUUGCACAAUUAGCAAGAUAAUUAUUA